AAAGACCUUGUCGGCUAUAAAAAGGACAAAAAUGGUUUGGUUUUAGGUUCUUUUGUGUGGAAACCGAUAAGCUAUUUUGGUGAAUUGCUAAUGCAAUUAAACGACCUUUCGUUUGGAAACAAAGAAUCUCAUUGAUUUUCAUCAACACCAUUUUUAUUUUUACAGUUGGAUUAAGAAGCAUACCUUAUAGGAGACCGACCAUUAAGCAAUUUUUGAUAGAUAUUUUUGGGUGGCAACGACCAUAAGACUCAUAAUGACACAGAAUUCCCAGAGGAAAAAAAAAAGACAAAUCCACCGCCGCCAUUUUGAAUGAAUGAACAAGAAUAAGAAUUGAUGUAUUAUUUCACCCAAUAUGGCUGUCGUUACGUAACUUGCAUUUCGAGACGCUUUUUACAGACAGAGUUUUGAUUCUUAUAUUAUCACGCAUGGUAGCUGUACAGGGAACUUUACAGUCUCAAUAAAAUCGAAAAUACGCUUAACACUAUUAGUAAUAUCGAUGGCUCUAUUUUAUGUUCUUGGGAACAUUCGGCCCUGAACGCAGUUCUGCAGCGUUGUGAGAAAAGCCCGCGUGUUUGACAUACUUGGUCAUUUAGAUGACUGAAUUUCCCCGCCUUAGUUUCCAAGGUUUUGUUUCACAAGAAAGUUUCAGCGUGUAACAGCGCUCUCCGUCACGACGUGUAGCUAUUUUAAGAAUUUUUGACGGAAAACUAAACGGAUGGAAUAUUACGUGCUAAUUGUGCGGUACAUKAUAUUGCCUUCGCUUCAAGUCAAUAACUACUACACUAAUCCACAACCUAAUAGUAUGACUCAGAGAACCACAAGCCGAUAAUUAAGCCAAGCAAAAUUGAGUGAAUUGUCGUCAUUGUAUGCUGCUUUGUUUUCAACGUUUCAAGCCAUGGCGUUCUUGCGUCCAAAGCGUCAAGUCUCACAGGUGAUGUCGUCAAAGUUCGACGCUUCGUAUCUCGAUGCUGGGUCAUCAAGAAACAUGUACAAGAAAGCCGAGGAGAAUGUGUAUUUUCCGUCUGAAAGAAUUAGUGAAUAUUGCGGUCUACAAGCRCCUAGUUCGUCAGGUACCAGGUCCUCUGAAUUAGCAUUUCCGUCGGGGUCUGGUUUCAAUGACAGYUCACGUGUUAAUAAUGACCAUAUAAKGACAAAUCAUUCUGUUUAUCCACCCAAUCAAAAUACACGGAAUCCAACUGAGGCACGUGGACGGGAUGACCAUAUARGGACAAAUAACGCUGGCAACUCUUCCAAUCAAAAUAAAUGGAACCCAAACGAGCAACGUGGCAGAAAUAACCAUAUAAGGACAAGCACAGAUAACCAAUCAAAUCACAAUGGACAUGAARCACAAGAUUCACGUGAUAGAAAUGACCAUAUAAGGAGRAAUAACAGAGUUAGUUAUGACAAAAGGCUGGCUGAAGAACGAGAAAACUCUCAUGGUGCACCACGAAUGUUUAACGAUCGCUCACGAUGUCAUAUUGAUUCGGCGCAAUCUACUGCUAGUUUCCAAACUCAGCCCAAGCCCCAAAACAUACCUCGACUACAACGCCACAGUACUGGAGAUAAUCCACAUCACUCCGUAAUCRUAGCACAGCCAAAGGCACGUUUACCCACAGGAGGCCCAAUAGUGUAUCCUACAUCGGAAAGAAUGGAUUCCAACAUGAAUAAAGUKAAAGGCAAACAYCUUGUAAUACGACCGCCAGAWAUCCGAMCACCAGAUAAUCGCACAGAUUCAAGGCAUGCCAUACCCGAUCAAGGAGCACCACCUCGAAGYCCAAGAAUACGACARAUACGAAGRGAUGAAGUACGRAACCCAAUGUUAGGGGACUCUCAUCGGCCUCAUUCCCUAGACGUACCCGACAAGAAAGUCAAAGUACAACGAACGGCCUCAGCACCUGAGUUAAGGCAAACUAGAUGCGAGGARCUUCAAUGCGAUGACAGAAAGCAGACAUGUAUCUCUAAUGGUCAUCAAAUACAUAAUGAACAUGUYCCACGGCACCAGAAAGAAAAAUACUCUAAACAUGACAGACAUAUGAAAGGUUUGCGAAGCAAGUCACUUCCCACCGUUGUCAUUCCUAGAACCAAACGAAACACCGACGCRAACCCCUUGAGAUACUUUGCGUAUCUCGGCAAAAGGUUUCAAUUUCGAGAGAGACUGCUGUCGGCGCACAACGUACUGUCCGCGCAUCCUGUCAUUCUCACGAGCACCAGCGUCAUUUCACCGGAAGUGAUCAAUAACUUCCGGAAUCAACUUGAGGAUUAUGAUGAGCCGUAUGAGACCCCAAAAUAUCAAAGCGCAUGUCAGGACUUGAUAGACUGCUGUACAUGYAUGUGUUGUGUUAAGGCUUUGUUCUAUCACUGUACAAAGGACGACGACUGCGAAGGGGAGUUAWCCGAGCACCCUUGCUCUUGCUCGAGGCCUGGAGCUUAUUGCUUACUACGCUGGGGAAUUCUGGGAAUGCUGUCAGUCUGUAUGCCUUGUUUAUUGUGCUAUUUACCGAUUCAGGGCUGCAAGUGUACAGUCGAGUAUUUUAGAAGAAAGGAGAAUACAAACAGCCAAUGAACCACUUGUGUGUGUCGUUAAAGAAUCCAGGCAGACAAAGUCAGCUCCGAAUGGCUUCUUGRARGGCAAUSCGUUGUUAAGGUGGCUCGUGAACAAUUUCUAACGACAUUUUCUGCCCUUMACAAUCAUAAAAUCAAAAUGCUUGAUAUACCUUAUAAAGCAAAUACAUGCCUUGMAUCUACAAAUUCAUACGUUUUAAAGGUGUCUCGAUUGAAAACUUUCUUGCUUCUAAGCCCUCGAUUGUCCAUUCAUGUACCCUCACACCAUACCAACACCGCUUGAUGAAAUUUGUAAAACAAAUUUUGACGUACGCCGCAGGAAACAUCAGCGUCACGUACACAAAUCUAACAUUUAAAACUGAAACUCAUCGUUAACGAUCUCAUUUCGAUUUGAUAAAAAUACUGCGAGACCGUUUGGACUGAGGUCACUAAAAGCCUUUAACAUAUAUUAAACUUACGCACCCAAGUAUACUUGAAUUUCAUUGUUUUCUUUGUGCCUACGGGUUUACUGUCCCUAUGAACAUGSCCACGGUUUCAGGCCUCACUUGUCUCUUACUAAGGAGACUUCUUUUGAGCCGAGAGAACCUCUUCCCCAGGUUCUCUCGGCUCAAAAUGGCGUAGUCGAGUAAAGAAGACCUUGGGGACGAGCCACACAAACUUGCAAUAAAUCGCAUAAACUUUUACUUAAAGCUCAAAUAAGUUACUUCAGCCUUAUCAGAAUAGURAUAAAUUCGUACAGGAUUAAUAAAGCUAUGAGUUAAGAAACCACGAAAAAAAAAACUUUGGCACUCGUUUGAUUAAAUACUGACAAAAAUAAACUUCCAGCUACCUUUCAUAAAUACUUCAAAAGUUUAUUCAGUGCAUUUUAUUUUAAAUUGAAGUAAAUUAUUCUAACUAAAUAGACUUGAAAUUGUACUACUUUACUUAUCCACGAGUGCGUACAAUGUCGUACCGUGGAGUUUCUUCAGGUCCGAUGUCUUAACACCUAGCAAAGAAAGACGGUAAAAUCGAGUUUAAGUUCUUUUCUCUCAAGCUAACAACGAGUUAACUAGAAAGCCUACCUUUCUGACCGGAUUUUGAAGUAGAAAGUUGUAUUUUUCGUUUUUCAUCCAAGCAGAAGAUGACUCUCACCUAAGAGAUAAAAAAUAUUUGGUUUUUAA